AUGGCCUCACAACAGCACUUUAAGUCCGUCGUGACAGCCUCGGACGGAGGCGUCAGUGUAGCCAUGGCUGCUUCGCCAGCGGCCUCUGCAUCCGCGUCCUCCACCUCUUCGACAUCGGUAGCGACAUCGUCCGCCUCGCUAUCGAUUGGACGACCCCCGUUGCAAGACGCGUCGGCGCUGGAGAUCGCGUACAGUACAAUAUCGCCCAAGUGGGGCGAUCUGAGCAAGAAGCAGCGCCACAAUCUACGCGAACAACGCCGCAUUCUGCGCAUUAGCAACCAGUUUGACAUCCUUCGCAACAAGCUCGAGGCCGCGGGAUACUCCUCUUCCAAGAAGGACAAAUACAGCGUGCUGCAGGCGACACUCGAGUACAUUUCCAACCUCGAACGCAACCAGAUCGGCGGCGUACCGCCCCACUCCCAAAUGUCUCACCACAUGCAGCAUCCGUCUCCACACCCGAACAGCAGCGUCCCGCACCAUCUCCUUUCGCCAUGCAGUGAGUCGGGCGGUCGGCUGUCCAUCACGGCACCGUCUCCCAGCCACGGCGACAGCAAAGGACAAGUUUUCAUGAUCGAUAGUAUGCCGUCUCCUGUGCCUGCGCUGUCCAUACCCGGGAUGCAGCCUCAGACCUCAUACCCGCUGGAUAUGGACAACAUGUACGGCGGUGCUGCCAAUGGCGCAUCGAACGCAAGUGUUAGUGAAAUCGAAGGCUCUGCUGCCUCAUAUCGAGAUGUGUUUGCCAGCAGUAGUAUGCCGAGCCUUCUAGCCAAGCUGGAUGGCACCAUCGUCGAGGCAAAUGCGCUGUUUCUGGAGCUGAGCUGCAAGAACAUUGAUGAGCUUCGUCUACACAGCCUCUACACAAUGUGCACUGCAAUGGACGCGCCCAAGAUGUACAACUUGGUCGGCAAGAUCCUCUCGUGCGAGAUGGCGUCGGCACAGAGCAAGAUGAUGUGGCAUUUCUCGAGCACUGGCGACCGAAAGGUGUUUGUGUCUGUGUCAAUGAUCCACGACAGUAUGCAUCGCCCCGCCAACCUGCACUGCAGUCUCCUGCCGCUGUCAUGAACUCCACCUCAAGAGGCAUCUAGGUUAUCCAAAAGCGAGGUGAAGCGAGCAUCCGGGAAUUCCACCUCGUGCUCCAUCGCCCAAGGUCUCUCGGUCUGGUGAUUCCGUGAUGUGCGCCAGUUCCUUCAAGAUGAACGAGCUUGGCGCU